GGGCGCGCAGGGGGCGCGAGGAGCGGCCGAGCCAGGCGGGAGACGCGGCGGCCGGGGCUGGCCGUCGACCCUGAGCCGCCGGGGGAUCCCCACCCGCGCUGCGAGGAGGGCCUGUGGGCGCUAGCGGGGCGCCUCGGGGGAGCCGGGCCGGUCGGCAGGGGUGCGUGGGCACAUCGGGGGCCGCGGUGACCACCCCACCCCCUGCCCGGCACGGUAGGGGGUCAGGGCGCGGCCGCCGCACCUCCGCGGCCGGGGAAUCUGGGGCCCAGGGCCGCCCCCGGAUGGCUGAGCUGCCCCCGCGCCGGCCGCCCGGUCGCCGCAGCGGCUGAGCUCGGCGCCCCCUGCAUGCCCGGCGCCCGGAUCGCAGCCCACCUGGACGCACUGGGCCCCCUGGUCCCCUACGUGCAGCCUCCGCUGCUGCCCUCUAUGUUCUUCGUGGGCCUGUUUUUCGUCAACGUGCUGAUCCUGUACUACGCCUUCCUCAUGGAGUACAUCGUCCUCAACGUGGGCCUCGUCUUCCUGCCCGAGGACCUGGACCAGGCGCUCGUGGACCUCGGCGUGCUCUCCGACCCCGGCUCGGGCCUCUACGAAGCCGACUCGGAGCUCGACGUCUUCGAUGGGUACUUGGAGUAGGACCUGGACUGCCAUGCCCCCGGCCCGAACCCCCGGCCCGCACCAGCCGCCCGCAGCAGGCCGCCGCCGCCGCUGGUUGGAGCCGCCGCCUGCAUGGGGAUGGGACCUCAGGCCGAGGCCCGCCCCUGCCCCGGAGGCCUGCCUGCCCCCCUUGAAAGCUUUGUGCCAACAGAGAGGUUCCCGUCCAGACCCAGGAGGGCGGAAGGAGAGACUGGGCCUGGGUGCCGAGGCCAGAAAGACACCUGCCCGCAGAGCCGGGAGAGGGCCACGGGUGUCGGAAGACUUUGUGCUCCCGCAGCAUCGCCCAGACGGCCCGGUCUCGGCUCCUGACUCUCCACAACCGCGAUGGAUGUUUGCAGGAACCCAGCCAGCGUCUGCCUCCCCGCACUUGAUGUCCACUGCACCUGCUUGCACUUAACCUUCGGAGAAGACACUUCACAUGGAGGACACACUCAGGAGCCACGCCCAGCUCUGUCUGACGCCCGCCGAGCUGGAAGCCCGGCUGGCCUCAGCCUAAGGCUGGCCUCCCACGCAGCCGCUUUCACGCCAUGACCCCGGGGGAAAAGCUGAGGGACGGCGUGGCAGCCGGGACGAGACCCUGACUUACCCAUUUCGAGUUGCUUGUCCCUUAUCGAGUUGGCAGAACCGAGACGUGCGCCAUGUCGCUCCUCUGGCCAGAAAUAUAUUUUUGAAAAUA